GGCCGGGACCAUCUGGAGUCCAUUCGUCAAACCAUCGCGAAGGGGGACAAUGUAGUGAUGCUUGCCAACCACCAGACCGAGGCAGAUCCGCAGGUGCUAUCCCUACUACUGGAGCGAGAAGGUUGCGAAGAAGUGGCAGAAAAGUGUAUUUUUGUCGCUGGGCACAAGGUGACAACCGAUCGGCUUGCGAUCCCUUUCAGCAAGGGCCGGUAUUUGCUGUCAAUUUACUCGAAGAAGUAUUUGGACGAGGGAACAGAGGAGGAGCGAGAAGCAAAGGCCGAGCGCAAUAAGAAGACAGUUUCAGAGAUGCAGCGCUUGAUGAAGGAGGGAGGCCACAUCUUCUGGGUGGCACCGUCAGGUGGCCGCGACCGCAGGCGAACGGAGACGGAUCGAUUCGGCCCCGCGAAGUUCGACCAGGCAUCCGUGGGCCUGUUCCUGCUCCUGGCUCAAAAGGCCGGUCGCGGUGGAGGUCCCAAAACCCAUUUCUUCCCUUUGGCAAUGUGGACCCACAGGCUAGUGCCUCCGCCGGAAGACGCCAAAGCUGGAGUUGGAGAGGCACGGAGCGCUGCGAGGGCUCCGGUGGGACUGGCAUUUGGAGAGGCAAUGGAUGCAGAACAGCUUGGCGGCCGAAAGAAGUUUCCACCAGCCGUGGAGAAGCGUGUCAACGAGCUGUAU